GCAUGCUCGCGCGUAUUUAAUUCACGGCGUUGAGAGCUCGUGAGUCUGCGCGCGCUCUGCUGUCAAAAACAGAUGAUGGUUGACAACCUUACCGCCUACACAACUUAAACCUUUUAUAACCAUAACAGCUAUUUCACUUCGCGGUCGUUUUACAUAGGCUACAGGAAUCUUUCCAGCCAUCUGUUCUGGCAGGAGCUUGAAAAGAGGAGAAAAAACAUCUUGGUACUAACUGACUUGGAUGGUCAUGGAGCAUAUGGUGGAUUAUGACUGAUGUGAUCAUUGAAACUGCAAAUUUCAAGAUGUCUGAAAUGGAACCUGAUACUCUCCCAGAACGCACUAUAAAGGAGCAAACUCCGCCUCCAUGUUAUAUCACAGAAACGGAGAACUGUGGUCAAAACAGCAAGCAGCAAGAACCAGUUGAUAACCAUGGAAAGCUUAAAAAGAAUCUGAAGGCCAAAGGGAAACUGGUUCGGAGUGCAGCAGUAUGUGAUGAGUCUUUAUCCAAUGAGGAAAACAGCAAGGAGAACGAGAGCAAAACAAGUAUAUCUAGUAACCAUGGUGACAGUUCUGAGUAUGAACAUGAGGGAGAGGAAAGGAGCAAAGAGGGCACUAAAUCCAAAAAAACAAGUUUAUCCAAAGAGCCUAGUCUGGAGUAUACAGACUCCACAGGUAUUGAUCUGGAAGAAUUUCUAAUCACUACUCUGAAGAGCAGUCCCCGGGACAGGCUGAUGCUCUUAAAACUCGAACAAGACAUGCUUGACUUCAUGACAGACAACAGUUCUUACAAGAAGUUCCCUCAGAUGUCCUCAUAUCACAGGAUGCUGGUUCACAGGGUUGCGGCUUAUUUUGGUCUGGAACACAAUGUGGAUCACAGUGGAAAAGCGGUUAUCAUCAACAAAACCAGCAAUUCUAGGAUACCAGAACAUCGCUUUGGUGAACAUGUUCAGGAGGAGAAGACAGAGGAAAGAAGAUCAAUACUAAAAAGAGACAGCAGUCAGGAAAAAGACGACAGUCAGCUGAGAGUUUCAUCACUCAAAGAACAGAUGAGGAGCCGGUCAAUAGAGGAGAGAGAGGAAGAUUACCAGAGAGUUAGAGAUCGUAUAUUCUCUCAGGAUUCCACUUGCCCUGCACAGUGUGUUUAUAUUGAGACCAGAGGCCCAGAGGAUAACAGUGUUUUUAGUGAGACUCAGAGAAAAAGACAACUCUUCAGGGGUAACAGGGACGGUUCUGGUCAUCUGUCUGGCAGCAGGCAGAGCAGUUCUGAGUUGGACUCUUAUUGGAAUGAUCCUCGACCUUGGAGUAGCACAGAUUCGGACAGCUCGACAUGGACAUCUAAAUCUACACACACACGCUCAGACAGCAACUCCAAACUGUGCAAACCAGUAUCUGAGUCAGUGCUGCCCUAUAGUGUGCCCAACAACAGCCCUGCUUACAUCAUUGUGCCUGCUGAGUCAUCAAUACCUCCUGGAAGUAUCCUAUUAAACCCACACACAGGGCAGCCAUUCCUGAAUCCUGAUGGAACUCCAGCUGUUUACAACCCACCUGUAAGUCAGAAGCCAAUCAAUAGCCAGGUGCAAUCCCAAGCCCCACCCCCUCCACCCCAGCAGCAGCCAAUAGCAAACCAUGGUGUCACACAGUUUCAAUACUCUGCAGUGACGUACCUUCCACCCCAGCAGUUAAAUGUUUCUACCUCUCAGCAACAUCCAACAGAACAGAAUAGAGAAGAUAUCGCCUCUAAGUUUGGUCACAUGAGCUUAAGUCGGCAGUCUUCUGGGGAUCUUCCAGAAAUGACCUCAUUCUACAUGCAAUCGGCUCCGGCCACACACAGCUAUGCCCCGCCUCACCAGAGUUACGCUCCAUCUCACCAUUCAGACAGUUACAUGAGCCCAGGAAUAGCACUGGCUCCUCCCACAGUCCCACCCCUUCAGAGCCAUGGUCAACAGAGCAACCAGGUUUCAAUGUACAGUUACCCUGUUCAUUGUCCCAGUGCAUCUCAACAAUACGGAGCAGCCAGUUACAGCCCACAAACAGGGUACCCGUCUAUGACUAUAUCUAACCAACAAGGCUGCCCUGGCAUGAUGGGAAAUCCGAUUGUACCCCAAACACAGCAAGGCAUUUUGGGACCUUACCCAUCUUUAUCCUCCUAUCAGGUACCACAGCAACAACAGUCAUCUUAUCCAUCUACAAUGCUGGUUUCGGGUCAAGGUGGACAGACACAGUGUUUGGUGCCCCCUGCUGGAGUUCAAGUAUACUGUAACUCUUCUCCCCCUCCACCACUUGGUAUGUUAGGGGUCUCUUACCAGUCAACUAGCUGCAAAAAUGGCUGUAACAUGAAUCAGAACCAGUGUUGGUAUUGAAAGAAACAAUGUAUUUAUAUGAUCAUGAUUUAUCUGUGAAACUUAAACAUACCCAAUAUUGUAACAAGCUCAUGUUUUAGUAUUUGGGCGAUUAUAUGAUUGCAGGUGCCUAUUGUGUCCAAAGAUUUUUUGACACCGACUAAUUUGGACAACAGGAACUGUAUAAGACACUAUUUACUGAAAAUAUUGUUUUGUUAUGGUCUGUAAUAUCUCUUGGUCCAUUACAAUGAGUACCAAUUUUUUAAAAACGACUUAAAAAAAUAACUACUUUGAACACCAAAUGUAACUGUAAUUAUAUACUCACCCAUUUACAGUAGCAACCCAAUAAUGUUCCACACAGUCUGAUUGAGCCUUUUUUUAAGUUGUUUCUUUACUUUGAUUAUAAAGUUUUAUUGUAUGUGCUAGCUGUUAGAGCAUAAUUUAUACUAUUUAUAUAUUGCUGGUGUUUUUGCCUUACAUAUAAGAUACAGUAUAUUUGGAUAUUUUAUGAUACUAUAUUUAUCUUGUUUAUAAAGGUAUAUAUUACAUGUUUGAAAAUGAACUUCACACAAUACAGGAAUCUGAAAAUUAUUUUUAAACAUCCCUUUUAUUAGAAUGUAACGUUUACCUAUGUCAGACUGACAAUAUGUGUAUAUUACUUAAAUAUAUGGUCCUACCAGUUUGACAGAC